AUGAGAAAAGCAAUCAAUUUUUUCAAUGCAGAAACCUUAAUCCGACCUAACGGUCCGGGUCUGGGAGCUACAUUACUGUUGCACGACACUCAGCCGGCAUUUCUACUGGGCACUAUAAAGCACUGGCCCGGGCUGACCAGCUCGAUCUAUCAAGCUUGCCUAAGCAUGCUGGCUAAUCGAGACGAUCGGGAACGACGGGAAACCGUUCUGCGUGAUGCUCGGCUCCAGUUACCCAUCCCCGCCGAAUGGUCGGUACAAGGUUGCCCACCCGAGUGUGACCUUUUGAGUUUGGACCAAGAUGAGCCGGAACCACCUUCGGCAUGGCUGAUUGAACGUUGUUUCAAGCCACUGUUUUACACGGAUACCGGACUGUACUGUACUGCUAUGCCUGUUCGGGUUAGUGUGGACAACGAGGACAAUGCAACCAAUCCAGGUGACGGAUUCAUCAUUCGUCCGGUCCGAUUGGGCCUAUUGCUAGUUCAUGUCACUGCCAGCGUGCCACCUGGUAUUAGCCUGGAAGCAGUGGAACAGUGCGUCGCGACGUGUGCACUCGGAUGA